UGCACCCGGCAGAGGAUGCAGCUGGUUGUCAUGGCAGCAGUGCUGGCACUGGUGGGGGCGGGGCAGGGAUGCAGCUUGGGCUGUCAUCUCACCAACAUCAGCAUCCCCGUGGAGAGCUGUGGCAGCACCGAGACCAUCUACACCACCAUAUGUGAAGGACAGUGCUACCACGAGGAUCCAGUCUACAUCGGCUAUCACGACUGGGCUGAACAGAAGAUCUGUAAUGGAGACUGGGCCUAUGAGGUGAAAUAUAUUGAAGGAUGUCCAGUGGGUGUCACCUACCCUGUGGCCAGAAACUGCGAGUGUACUGCAUGUAACGCAGGAAACACAUAUUGCGGGCGCUUUCCUGGAUACAUAUCCAGCUGUCUGUCCUUUUAA